GUAGUGGCUUUCGCCUCCCUUUUCUUCAUCCUGGUCUCCAUCACAACCUUCUGCCUGGAGACACACGAGGCCUUCAACAUCAACGUCAACGUGACGGAGACCCUGGUGGUUGGCAACACCACCACGGUGCUGCUGACCCACAAAGUGGAGACAGAGCCCAUCCUCACCUACAUCGAAGGUGUCUGUGUCCUCUGGUUCACCCUCGAGUUCCUGGUUCGCAUCAUCUGCUGCCCAGACAAGCUUCUCUUCGUCAAGAACCUCCUCAACAUCAUUGACUUUGUGGCCAUCUUGCCCUUCUACCUUGAGGUAGGGCUCAGUGGCUUGUCCUCCAAAGCUGCUCGGGACGUCUUGGGUUUCCUGAGGGUGGUUCGUUUCGUCCGGAUCCUUCGGAUCUUCAAGCUGACCAGGCACUUUGUGGGGCUUCGUGUGUUGGGCCACACCCUCCGUGCCAGCACCAAUGAAUUCCUGCUCCUCAUCAUCUUCUUGGCCUUGGGGGUGUUGAUCUUUGCCACCAUGAUCUACUAUGCCGAGCGCAUCGGAGCCAAGACGUCUGACCCCACUGGGAGUGACCACACUCACUUUAAGAACAUCCCUAUUGGGUUCUGGUGGGCUGUGGUGACCAUGACAACCCUUGGCUAUGGGGAUAUGUACCCCAAGACCUGGUCAGGCAUGGUGGUGGGUGCCCUGUGUGCCCUGGCAGGGGUGUUGACCAUCGCCAUGCCCGUGCCAGUCAUUGUCAAUAACUUUGGGAUGUAUUAUUCGUUGGCCAUGGCCAAGCAGAAGCUGCCAAAGAAGAAGAAGAAGCAUAUACCCCGUCCAGCCCCUCUGGAUUCUCCUACCUAUGGCAAAUCCGAGGAGAACUCCCCCAGGAACAGCACCCAGAGUGACACUUGUCCCUUGGCGGUGGAGGAGGGAGCGACCGAGAGGAAACGCUCAGACUCCAAGCAGAAUGGUGAGGCCAACGUGGUGCUGUCGGAUGAGGAGCAGCCACUGUCGCCCACUGAGGAGGAGAAGAGGCCCAUGAGACGUUCCAGCACACGGGACAAGAACAACAAGUCCUCCACAUGCUUCCUGCUGGCCACAGGUGACUUCUCCUGUGCAGCAGAUGGAGGUAUCCAGAAAG